UCCGAAGUCCAAGAAAGCAAAGCUCCAAGCUCAGCUCCCCCCCCGACGCAUGCCCGGAUCGAUCGAUCCAGCUCCAUCGGCCGACGGGAGGAGGAGGAGGAGGCAGAUCGACCGGCAGCUGACUAAGGUGGAUCCCCGGAGGCAUGGCAAGAGGCCCCUACCCGCCGACAAGGAGGAAGAGGAUCAGCCGCCGCCCCCGCCGCCGGCGAAGCACGAGCAGCUGGAGAUCGAGGAGCAUCGGUACCACGUCUCGCAGCUGCAGCAAGGUGCUACCUUUAGCGCCGGCGGCGGCGGCGGAGGGUCGUCGUCGUCGUCUGCCGCCGGCGCCGCGGCUGGUCCGUCGCCGGAGGCGUACGCGCAGUACUACUACUCGGCGCGCGCCGACCACGACGCCUCCGCCGUCGCCUCCGCGCUUGCCCACGUCAUCCGCGCCUCCCCCGACCAGCUCCCGCCGCACGCCUUCGGCGGCGGCGGCGCUCCGCCGGGCCAGGGAGACUACCAGCAAGCAGCGCCACCGGCCGCCGCCGCCGCCGCCGCCGAGGAGGAGCAAGCAGCAGGUCGGAGGCGGCACUACCGAGGGGUGAGGCAGCGGCCGUGGGGGAAAUGGGCGGCGGAGAUCCGGGACCCCAAGAAGGCGGCGCGGGUGUGGCUCGGCACCUUCGACACGGCGGAGGACGCCGCCAUCGCCUACGACGAGGCGGCGCUCCGGUUCAAGGGCACCAAGGCCAAGCUCAACUUCCCGGAGCGCGUCCAGGGCCGCACCGACAUGGGAUUCCUCGUCACCCGCGGCAUCCCCGACCGGCACCACCACCAAGGAGGGGCGGCGGUGACGCUGGCGGCAAUGCCGCCCCCGCACCGGCAACACCACCAGACCGUCGUGCCGUACCCGGACCUCAUGCAGUACGCGCAGCUGCUGCAGGGCGGCGGCCGGGGCGGCGGCGGCGCCGGAGACCACCACGCCGAGGCGGCGGCCCAGCAGGCGCAGGCGCGGCUCAUGAUGAUGGCCCGCGGCGGCGUCAGCCUGCCGUUCGGCGCCGCGUCGUUCUCGUCGUCCUCCUCGUCGGCGCCGCAGAUACUGGACUUCUCCACGCAGCAGCUCAUCCGGCCCGGCCCGCCGUCGCCGGCAGCCGCGGCGCCAUCCACGCCGUCAUCCACGACCACGGCGUCGUCGCCCGGCGGCAGUGCAUGGCCGUACGGUGGGGAGCACCACAGGAAUAAAAAAGACGCGUGAUCGAGCUGGCCGGGGGUGGGGGGGAUAUGCAUGCAUGCAAGUUGCAAGCACUUGGCAAUGCGAGAGGAUCAGACCAAGUAGCUGUAUGGAGGAAUAUGCAUGCAAUAUGGGGUAAGUGGCAGUGGUCAUUUUUCCUGGAAACAAAAGCAUUUCUUGGACAUUUUCUUCUCUCUUCUCUCUUUUUUGUCCCAAAUGAUCUUCUUUUGUUCAUUUCUUGGAGGAUCUUCACUUUAUUAGAGAGCUAGCUUGCUGCUAGAGCUUGCUACUACCUUCCUUGUUUAAUGGUCUGUUAAUUGCUCAUCUCCUUAAUUUGUUCAAGUGUCAACUAAUCAAUUGUGCAAACUAAUCCAAAAGCAAGAAGAGAGGAAUCUUAUUGAUGCAAUAUAUAGGACCUGUUUUUUUCUCUCUC